UUCCAGGCUGAUAUGAUCUCUUCCUCAUCCAUGUUGAAGGAUGAGGGAGGAGUGAUUGUGAUGAUGAAUUCUCUUCCUCCUUUCUGCAAUGCCAAACUCACCCUUAUUCCUCUCACUUCUCCCUCAUCUCUUUUCCUCCGCAAAACCAAAUAUUCUCUUUCUCUAAAUACCGAAACUGGGAUUUCCCUAAUAUCAGUAAAACCCUCACAAAACCUCAACCCCUCCAAAUGGCGAAUCAAUGUCCGAGCCAGUGCUGCAGACGAAAUCGACAUGGUUCGAAACAAAGAUGGCGUCUACACAGCCAAGCGGAAGAAGGUGGUGGUUCUCUGGGAUCUUGAUAACAAGCCCCCUCGUGGCCCGCCGUAUGCGGCGGCGACGGCACUGAUAGAAUUGGCGCAGCGGUUCGGCGAUAUUGUCGACAUCUCCGCCUACGCCAACCGCCAUGCCUUCGUGCACCUACCCCAGUGGGUCCUCGAGGAACGCCACGAACGACGCCGCAUGGACUUCCUCGAACGCAAGGGCAUAACGACGCCGGCUGAGCCCUAUAUCUGCGGCGUCUGCGGCCGCAAAUGCCGAACCAACUUGGACCUCAAAAAGCACUUCAAGCAGCUCCACGAGCGCGAGCGCCAGAAGAAGCUAAAUCGGAUGAGGUCGCUCAAGGGUAAGAAACGACAGCGUUAUAAGGAGAAGUUCAUUUCUGGGAAUACUAAGUAUGAGGAGGCAGCGAGGUCUUUAAUCACUCCAAAGGUUGGGUAUGGACUGGCUUCGGAGUUGAGGCGUGCCGGAGUUUUUGUGAAGACGGUGGAGGAUAAGCCCCAGGCGGCAGAUUGGGCGUUGAAGAGGCAAAUGCAGCAUUCCAUGAGUCGAGGAAUUGAUUGGUUGGUUUUGGUAUCAGAUGAUUCAGACUUUGCGGAUAUGUUGAGGAGGGCCAGGGAGUCGAAUUUGGGGACAGUGGUUGUUGGGGAUUGGCACAGGGCAUUGGGGCGCCAUGCAGAUUUGUGGGUUCCCUGGACUGGGGUUGAAAAUAGGGAGGUUACGGAGGAGGAUUUGAGGCCUAGGAAUAGGAGGAGAAGUGAUUUCGAGGAUAGGGAUGAUGGUUUGUUUUCAGUCACCCAUUUUAAUGGAGAUGGCAUUGGUGGGGGCAUUUUGGAUGGUUUAGUGGAUGAGCUUGUCGUGAAUAGGUCCGAGUGUAAUGGUGUCAAUAUAUCAGCUUUUUCUGAAGGGGAAGAAGAUUGGAUAGGAGAGGAAUUAGACAAGAGGGGCCGUGUUCAGUUCCAAGCUGGCCAAUCUCUUGAUGAGGAUGAUGAUUAUAUCUUAUGGGAUAGUGAGGAUGAGGAAGCAGAGGAGGAAGAUGGGUAUUUGUGAUAUAGCAAAUGCACUUGUUAGCCUGGGGAAUUGAUUUUUGUUUUGUGGGCAUUCCCUUCUGUUGUGAAAUUGGAAUAUAUGGGUUGGGAAGGAUAAGAACUGCUGCAAUUAAGGAACAAGAAUGUUUAUUGACAGCCUAAUUCAUAGAUUCCAACUUCAUGCCAAGAUGUCAUUGAUUGCUUUCUGGAUAUACAGAGAGUUGGUUGGGUGGUUUAACUGGGAAUUCACAAAACGUGCAUGAAAAGGUGCUCCAUCACGGGCAAUAUCUUUGGAUCUUACAAUGAAAGGUUGACAGUGUUGAUUAUCAUAUCUGCAAAUGGUAUGUGUCCGCCAGAAAGUACAUGAGUUCUAUAUCUCCAUACCUUUGCAUUUAACCUUCAAUGCUUUCAUCAUUUACAAACUCUACAUUUGACCAUGCAAAUUAGUGCAGUGUAGUCAUCUAUCUAGGGCUUGAAGAGGUGUCUUAGUAUUUGCCUCAGGUUUAUGGUGUAAUAUGUCACUUGUAUGGUUUAUAUGUACAAAUUGUACUGAAAUUUUAAUCACUGAAGCAUUAACAUAAGAGGGCUGUAGAGAUAUUUCAUGUUC